AUGGCACCGCACGAAAGCUCGGACGACCUGCCGGUCAUGCUGCGCGAGAGGCAGAGGCAGGGUCCAUCAACCUUUCAAUGGAACACCUAUUUGCCAACGAUUAAACGGCUCUACAUGGAUGAGGAUAGGACGCUGAAGGAAGUGAUGUACAAGACCCGGCUUAUCUCGUGGGGCUUCCGGAAGAACAUCAGGUUGAGAGCAGGGCGGGACGACCACGUCGUCCAGAAGCUCGCCGCGCCAGCCGGCAGCACCCACGCCGCAUCCUACCACCCGGUGACUAGCCGCACCGUCCGGCUAUCGAACGGCCUCGUCGUCGACGCCGAUCGCUUGGCGGAGCACGUGCGGCGCAAGAAGUACCGGACCAAGGGCGGCUACUCACCGCCCAUGGCCGUCCAGCCGCCCGACUCGUACUGCGUCUUCGAGACGGUGUUCGCGUCCACCCAGGCGUACAUCCUGGGCCGCUUCCAGGGCGUCAUAACCACGCCCGAUGCCCUAGACAAGGUGCGCGAGGCGGACCUGCUGGUGACCCGAUGGGUGAGCUACAGCUCGGCCAUCAGGACCACCACCCUGGAGCGGCCACUUCUGAAGAGGUCGGCCGCCGUGGAGAAGCAGAUGUUCAACGACGCGCUGGUGCUGAUGCGGCGUGCGCCGCAGGAGCUCGGGGCCCUGAUCCGGCACCAGCCGGCCAAUGUCACCGGCUACAUAUUCUUUUUCCUGAUGAUCAGCACCCGGAGGAAUAUCUUCCCGGAUGCCCCGAUGGCGAAACAGUUCUCGGCCGUCGUGAAGGCACUGAUGAGGUACAUGGCUGUGGCCUUCUCCAGCGACGACGUCGAGUUGCCCCUGCCUUUACGACAGCUGCUCCGAAACAUAGCUAGCAUCGAGGACGAGUAUCUACUUAACAGGCUCGCCGUUCAAGCAUGGAAACUCAACUGCAAGACGUGGGAGUCCCUGCUGGGCGGUCGGGGUGGUAGCAAGACCCUAAUUAACGACUGGCUGUCCUUCCAAUACGCCGGGGAAUCCAACGAGCUGCCAAAGAACUUUGGCGAGUUCAUAGACGAGACGCUGAACCGGGCCGAGCCCAAAUACGGCCCGUCGUAUGCACAGAUUCUCUGGUACUCCGCCCAUUACAGAUUUACCAAGGACAAGGACGCCGGGCUUGACCCCAACCUCAACGACGAUAUCACGGAGAUUUACAAGAAGGUUCUGCGGGCCGGGCCAAGCCUGGUGUCAAGGGUGAACUCAACCAGGAUGCUUGCGGAGGUCAGCAAGACCAAGGGUGAUGCAGAGGCAAUGGAGAGGUAUUUGCGCGACGCGAUACAUGUACUGCGCACGGAGAGAGGAGAAGACGAGCCGAUGGUCAUACUCUACAUGUCGGAGCUCGAAGGCUGGCUAGGAGAGCUGGGGUUGGAAGAGAAGGCGAAAGAAGUGGCCGAGUGGAAGGCGGAGUACCAAAGACAGACCCCACCAAGGGGUCCACCGGAAUGA